AUGCCGGUGCCAGAAUGGUACAAGCCCAAAAGGCCGACAUAUUUAGGAUCACACAAGGAGAAUCUGAGCUAUUACGAAGGUUCAUUAGCUGGUUCCAGAAGGAAAGGACGUUGUUACCGGCCGUCCCGGAAGAAUGGGAGGAUCGAUCGUGGGCGGAACAACAGAUCGCAGCAGGAUAGAGAAGUUUCUGGACAUCAAACAAGUUCUUCUUAUCCAAAGUUAUCAGAGUAUAAUUUUAACCUCAACAUAGUGGAGUUAGUGUCGACCAUGAGCGAUAUCAAAGAGGCACAAUUCCCGAGACCGGUGAGGUCCGAUCCCAACCAUAGGGAUCCAAAUUUAUGGUGUGAAUACCACAGCACUAAUGGUCACCGGACUGGGGACUGCCGGCACCUCCAUGAAGAAGUGGCAACGCUGUUAAAACAUAGUCACCUCAGGGAAUUCUUGAGUGACCGAGCCAAAAAUAAUUACGUCCGGGACAAGAGCGACACCCAAACGUCGAGACUAGGAGAGGAACCUCCACGCCAAAUGAUCAACAUGAUACUCGGAGAGAACGAGAUUAAUGGGAUCACAUUCUCGGCCGCGAAGAAGACAAAAGUAUCAACAACCCACAGUAAGAGGCUCCGGGAUGAUGGUAGCACGUUCACAGAUGAAGACGCGGACGGAUUACUACUGCCGCACAAUGACGUGCUGGUAAUCUCAUUAAAUGUGUUAAAUUUAAAAAUUAAACAUGUUUUAGUGGAUCCAGGAAGUUCUGUCAAUAUCGUACAAUGGAGAGUUCUAGAUCAAGCUAAACUUAUCGGGAGCAUCGUUCCUACAACAAAGCUCCCUGAUGGAUUCAACCUCGCAAGCGUGACAACCCGAGGGGAAAUUUUACUGCUUUCGGAUGCUGAGGGCAUAAGGAAGAUGGCUCUCUUCGAAGUAGUAGACGGGGACAUGGGCUAUAAUAUCAUCCUGGGAAGGCCAUGGCUGCACGAAAUGAAAGUUGUGCCUUCGACGUACCACUAA